CUGUCACUGCUCCUGCACACACACAUCCACCACGCACGAUGCAUGUGCACGCACUCAUGUGUCCACAUGUGUUUACCUCUGGCAUCGCCGUCAGGUGCUUCUCCCGUGGCGCCUUGAUGAGCAAGUGCUCCGUCACAGGCUGAUGGACGUAGGCCAGCGCACCAAACGCAUGGAUGUCCUUGUAGUCGGACUUGACACCACGCAGGGCUUCGAUGGGGGUCAUCAGACGCUCACGGGACAAGGCAGCAUGCGGCAUACGGUUCCUCAGGUAGGUCGCCCACUUGACGGCGUACGGCCACAGGGAGUCGCGAAACGCCCACAGUCCGCUCUGGUGCAGCAGCUUUCUCGACAUGUCCACGAUGAUGCCUAUGGAGCGCUCGACGAUGCCAUUCUGGUGCUGAUGGUGCGCGGCGCUGAACUCCUGCUUGAUGUUGAGGUCGGUGCACGUUGAGCAGAACAGACGAGAGUGGAACUCGCCUCCGUUGUCGGUGCGAAGACGGUGGAUGUCGUGGCCGUAUUCGAUGCGGAAGAGCUUGAGUGCGCGGGAGACGGUGUUGGCGGAGUGGUCGGACAGCACGUAGACGAAUGCGGCACGAGUGAAGACGCAGACGAAGAGCAUGAAGCAGGUGAAUCUCGAGACCAAGUUGCCGAUGAUGCUGGUCUUGACGGGCUUGAUGUCUGCCGUGACGAGGUCGCCGAUGAAGUCAGCCUUGAUGGGCUCUCCCUCCUUGGGCACUUCGCGCAUCGCGCCGAGUUUGCAGCUGUCGCAUGGGGGCAGGUUGUCGGGCACCUUGACGUUCUCGUUCUCUGUCCAUUCGCUCAUGCGUGAGAGGGCCUUGGCAGACGCAUGGCUCUUGUUGUGCCAGUAGUUGUAGUUCUGCUCGCACGAGUCGACCGCCAACACACACUGAUCCACCCUGACAGCAGCAGACUGACACACACUGGUUAGCCCUGGGGCAUCACCCGUGUUUGUGUGUCUGUCUGUCGCCACCUGCCCGUCAUUCUGACCUGAAUGUGGGCCGGGGCGAGCACAUGGUGCUGCUUUGAAGGGGGCCCCGGACCCCAUGCUUUGUUGUACGGGGCUCAAUUGUCCACCACCAUUGUCCAUCCGUCCCGUGUGCAUGGCCAUGUCCGUCCCCACGUGCACAAAAUUGAUGAAGUGCAGCUUGCCGCACCUCGAGAGGGGGAUGCUCACACCAGUGCUCUCGUGGAUGAAGUGCGGGGCGAUUUUGUGGCUCAGGCAGACACCGUAUCCAUGCAGGUUGAUGUCGUCAGUCGCGAGCACGUUGUACUUGAGAUCAGGCACGACAGCGACGUUGCCGAUCAUGAGGGUGACGGGGCCAGAUGUGCUCUGCAUGGUGAGGGGAAGGGUGCCGACGGCCUUGAUGGGCAUGAGAUCGUUGGAUGCUGUCCUGAUCAUCUCGGGCACGGCAAGGGGCGAGAUGUUGACCAGGUGUUUGCCGUCCCUCACGGCACUGUUGGUGGCGCCGCAGUCGACGAGCAUGCUGCUCUGCAGGUCGAUGGAGUAGAGCUCAGACACGAUGGGCUGAACGGUGAUGAUGCGCUGAGUGAUGAGACACCACGAGUCGCGGUCGAUGUGAUGCUGCUCCACAGUCACUGGCUGUGCCGUCCCUCCGUUGCCGCGGUGGCCCCUGUCGUUGCGUCGGUUGUUCAUCUGGCAGCCGUUGCCUGCGCUGCGGUUGUUGGUGCCCCUGUCUUUCCUUGGCUCCCACAUCAGCGCCCUGCUGUCGCCGUUGCGCAGCUUGUUGAUGCGGUCGUCGCAGUAACGCCAUCCACCAUACCGAUGCGUUUCAUCCGCUCCUUGUCCAGAUGCUCGUGAGGCAGGGACUGCUGGUGGUGGUGCUGCUGGGUGAAGAUGUGAGGGUAAGUGGGGUAAGAGGGAGAAGGCUGGUGGUGCGUGGGCAUGUGCUGGGGUGGGCUGCUCUGCAUCUGUGGUGCCAAUGUGGUGCCAUGGGAGGCAUGGGUGGCUGCACGGGAUAGCUGCCCUGUGACGGGAAGAGUGGAGGGGCGGGCGAUUGGGUGUUGUGCAUCAUGGCCAUGAUGUCUUGCUGUGGGCUCGUCGAUGUGGUCGACUGGCGGAGGUGGGUGGCCCCCCAGUUGCGCAGACGGUCCUUGAUGGCGUCCAGCCCCAAGUUCUCGCUGAGGAUGUUCUCCUUCAGGAUGCUGAGGCCCGUCUCAGUGGUGGGGAUGGAGUCAGUCAGGUAGGCCUGCUGAUCCAGCUGUGAGAGCUCCUCGCCCAUGCACACUCGAUACUGAUUCACCAGGCUCUCGAAGCGCAGGAUCUCCGUCUCCGGCUCGAGGGUCUGCCAGGCGAAUGAACGGAGCUGCUGAGCCAGCAUCGUGCCCAUCUGGUCUUGUUGCGCAGGUAGCAGUUGCGAAGAUGCCACCACGCGUAGGCGCCAUUGCCCUCCUCUGUGUCGCCCAUCUGCUGCAGGUAAGUGGCCGCUCUUCCUUUGCAGACGCCCACGAGGAUACGCCACAGUCCCUGUGCGGCCUUCCAUUUGUUUUUCGCUUCGUCAGACGCAUCUUGUGCCGUCGCAUUCGCUCGCAGAGUCGCCUUGGUGAGGUUGACAGCCUCCUGCUCAGCAUAGGAAGAGAGC